UUGGGGAUAUGGAAAGUUAGAAGAAGUGGAAGGAUUCGAGGAGCGCUGGAGAAAAAACGGGAUAAAUGUCCAGGAAUGACCUCACCAUGUUGGGGGAAUGGAGCAGCUUUUAAAUCCCCACUUUGUUAAAUCUUUCUUUCUUUCAUUCUCGAGAUGAUGAUGGAGGGAGAAGAGAAGGAGAAUAUGAGGGUUGGCCGAGGGCUCCACAAGCCCCUCACCCACACAGUGUCCAGCCAUUCUUGUGGGUCAUCUAAAUCAACUGCAAAAUCUGUAACACACAAGUCGGUCUCCUCUAGAAAGUUGUUGAACCCUAUACCAGCCAACAAGCCAACUGCUGUUAUUAUGCCUCGGAUGGGUCCCCAGGUGUCACCAGGGUCAAGCAGUAGCCAACCAGUGUCAUACAAACAGGCUGCACCAUCACGUUCAAACACAGUAUCCUCAGUUCAGCGCAACAUCAAAACCGAAUCAACACACCCAAAGAGCAGUGCUAUAUCCUCUGCAGUAAACAAGCCCGUUGUAAGCCGAGUGGCAAGUAAUACUCGACCAGGCAUAGACAAGAAGGCUCCAAGACCACAGAUGGGCACUAAAGCUGUGGGUUCAUCCAUAAGAAAUGUAAAUCCUCUGCACAAACAGGGAAAUGCUCAGCUGAAGUCAGGUCAAGUGCAUCAUAAGACGGGACAUGCAUCAGAAAGAAAAGUGCCUUCACCACAAAUUAACAAGUCUACUGCACCAACAAAGCAAGGACUAACAUUAGCCAAGGAGCCUGUAGCUACAACAAAGCAAGGACUAACAUUAGCCAAGGAGCCUGUAGCUACAGAGCCUGUAGCUACAACAAAGCAAGGACUAACAUUAGCCAAGGAGCCUGUAGCUACAACAAAGCAAGGACUAACAUUAGCCAAGGAGCCUGUAGCUACAGAGCAUGUAGCUACAGAGCCUGCAGCUAAAGAACCUGCAGCUACAGAGCCUGCACCUAAAGAACCUGCAGCUACAGAGCCUGCACCUAAAGAACCUGCAGCUACAGAGCCUGUUUCAACAAACACCAUAGACAAACCCUUGGACGAUGGUCCACCGUCAAUAGUAUCCAGUCAGCAACAGAAACCUACAGUACCAGUUUGCUUGCAGGAAUCUGCAACAGUCAGUGAAACCAAAGAACAAGAUGAAACAAAGCCCUCCUCUGAUCAACCAGACAGCCAAACAAAAACCCUACCUGAAGAGACAGAUGGUGAAAAGCAAACUAAAAACACAGAGGAUUCUGCUACCCAAGAAAAUACUGCUAAGGAGCAAGACACUCAACAGACACAGGAAACAGAUGAAAAGAUAGAUGAAUGGGGUCCUGAUGAACCGGGAAAAAAAUCCUCUAAGAGACCAUGGGUGUUGGAUGAUUUUGAAAUUGGCCGUCCUCUGGGGAAAGGCAAGUUUGGCAAUGUGUAUCUGGCAAGAGAGAAAAAGACACAUACUGUGUUGGCUCUGAAGGUGCUAUUUAAGUCUGUGCUAAUGAAAGCAGGAAUCAUCCACCAAGUACGCAGAGAAGCAGAGAUCCAAUCCCAUCUAAGACACCCAAAUAUUCUCCGAAUGUAUGGGUAUUUCCACUGUGACAAACGUGUAUACUUCAUGCUUGAAUAUGCACGAUAUGGAGAGAUGUACAAGGUGCUUUGCUCACAACCCAACAAGCGCUUUACUGAAUACCAAGCUGCAAACUAUAUUAUGCAGCUGGUUAGUGCCCUUGAGUACUGCCACUCCAAGAAGGUCAUUCAUCGAGAUAUCAAACCUGAAAAUAUUCUCAUUAAUGGAAAUGGGCAGUUGAAGAUUGCUGAUUUUGGAUGGUCUGUUCACUCCCCUAAUGAGAGACGCACGACCCUCUGUGGCACUUUGGACUACCUCCCCCCAGAAAUGAUUGAGGGGCGCAUGUAUGAUGAAAAGGUGGACAUCUGGUCAUUAGGUGUGCUGUGCUACGAGUUCCUGGCAGGAAAGCCCUCAUUUGAGUCCACAUCACAGUUAGAAACCUUCAGAAGGAUUGCUAGGGUAGAUAUCAAAUUCCCAUCACACUUCUCUGAAGAGGUCAAAGACUUAAUCUGCAAGUUGCUGCGGUACAACCCAAAGGAGCGCCUUAGUUUAGAUGGAAUAAUGGAACACCCAUGGAUUAAAAUGCACUAUGACCCCUCUGUUCCUCCACCAAAUCCAUGUGCCAAGUGAAUUGUCAGGAAAGCUGCUGUGGCCCAAGUUCUUCUAUAAGUUCCCUCCUUGCAAAGCAUUAACAUAUUUUUUCCUCUUAUUAUUGUUAUUUUUGUUAUUACCACAAAUUAAUAAUUGGAAUAAAUGCUGCCAAAUCCUGAGAUAAUGCUACUUUUCCUUUUUCUUUUUACCUAUAUGACACUGUACUUCCUUAUCUUUAUUACUUGGAAUAUAUUGCUCCCUUUCUUUUAUAUUGAGAAAUGUCCCCUUGUAAAUGUGAAAAAUGUACUGAAUAUUAACUAGGAUGCUAGUGUGGCAGAAGUAUUUUGUCUGACGUUUUGUAUGAGAAAAUAAAAUAAACUUGUUUGAAUGAGACUACUGAUGUAGAACAAUUUACAACUUUGUAUUUUUUAAAUGGAGAAAUUUUUGUGAUUUGACUGCCGUAAUGAUAUGGAUUUUAACUGAUCGUUGGUGAGAGUUGUGCAUUGUCAGGUUUCUGAUUUAUAUGAUAAGAUUUUAUAAAAGAUACCCAAUGUUUUUUGAGUCCAUUGAAGACAUAUAUAAUCAGGUUGUUUUAUGUUUAUGUAAUAUUUAGAUUAAUCUGUGAUAAGACUUGAUUUCUGUCAAUCCUGUUAUUUGUAAUUUCACAUGAGUCUCCCAGGAUCAUGAGAGGAUGUGUACCCAUGUUUACUUUAAGUAUUUGUUAAAGAGGGUUUUGUAUGAACCCUCAGAGUCACUUCUAUUAGCUAAUAAAAAUGCAAUAAUAAUGA